UGGAUUCUGCCCCCCCCACACACACACACACAACUGUCGAAGGUGAACCCCUUGCCCGGCCGCACAAGACCUCCCCACCGAACCGCCCCAACCCAGCCGCCUCGCAGGCCCUUGAACCACACCGUGGAUUGCGCAAAUCUGGGGUCAGGCCAGCAUCAAACCUCAGACCAGUAAAGAAACUGCCAACACUGGGGACAGCACCACCUUCCAUAGGCCGGACUCGCGCGAAACACUACAUGCCUGACGGAGAAGUGCGAAACAUCAGCUGUCCGGCUCAUGCAUGGAGACGGGAUCAUGAAGAUGACGCGUGCGAAUCAACCGGUACUGUACCGCAGUGCGCACUUACCAACUUUUAGGCACCUGGUGUGGUGUUCGCUCACUUUGCGUGUUUGUGUUCUACCCAGGAUUCCCAAUCCACAAAUGAGUCGUCAAACGUGGUGCUGAAGCAUGUUGGAGCACCUGGUCUUGUCACAGGCCCAUGGAGGACAAAAGGUUCCGAGCAAGUGUGUCCCCCACGUGUUUUCAUCACGUGUGCAGUGCCAGGGCUGCCAAGCCUGUAGGCAAGCUCCCCAAUUCCGGCGUCAAAGAUGGCGAACUGAGGCUUGCAACCUUGAGUGGCUUGCGCUACGUUGUCCAGCUCUACUUCAGCUUAUAUUCAGCUGCCUAUGCUUUUGUUGAGAAGCUGCCACAAGAUGAAUUGAAAUUUGUGAUUGGAUUUAUACUGUGUUUCUUCGGCGGCGUGUUUGUUGCGCUCAUUGCGGCGGUCGAAGCUUUCCGCACCAUGGGUGGCCAGAGCUUGUAUGAUGAUAUGGCAUAUGUGCAGCUGGAGUUAGACAAUGUUUUGAAAGCCCACGAUGCUGAUGAACAAGUGGAUGCAAACCGAGAUGGCAUCCGAGAUGUGGAGGCCAUGGGCAGCCAAGAGCUCGUCCAGCACAAAACCAUAUUGGUGAUGCAAAGCAUUGCAGAUCCCAAACGUCUGCAGGGUGCUGUAGGCAACCUUUGGUCUGCAUACUUAGCAGUUAUCGCCACGUUAAGCCUCAAAUUUGCACAAACCACAGCCUAUGCCCUGGCGAUCUCUGAGAUGGUGAAAUUUCCGGUGACACGGGUUGUUGCGCCUCCUCUAGCGUAUGCGCUGGGUUCGAACUUGGUGAAUUGGGUAGAUGUCAUCAUCGACAGCACUUUAAAGGCGAUCGUGAUUUUGCUGGUCUGGUUCUUUGCGAGGAUCAGGGCUGCCUUCUACUCCGGGCUGCGGGGUGGACAGAUGCUGGGUGCUGCAACCGUCCGGAUUUGCCAGAAGCAUGGUUGGACGGAUUCUCUUCCAUGGGUCAAAAAGCCCUUCAACCCGGACGAGUCCUACCUGGAUGAGGUGAUCGGAUAUCCCUUGGCCCUUGUUGGCUUCUACUUCCAGAUGACGCACUACUUCGGUGUCUUGCCCUUCCCGUUGGAUUGGCUUCUGUGGCCCCUGAGCUUUGUCGAGGGGCUUCUGGAGAUCCAGAUCAGCUGGUGAGAUGAGGAAGCCAGCCAUCUGAGCUUACAAACUGCUUUUGCCGGCUAAGACCCUAGCCUUAGCCCACAACUCAGCCAACGUUUGGCAGAUUUGCGCCAGCCCUCGUGAUUUUUGGCCACUUCUCAUCAAGAUUCGGCUGUAGCAACUUGUUGGGUGUCGAGCUGAC